AACGCUCACCCAACGUGUCCUCUCGACAGCUUUGAAAGGUGAUUCGUGAUACUUUAUUUGCUUUCUUUUCAUUCCCGCGCCUCGUUCGUCCUCUUACCUGGGAUAAAGCCGACUGAUUAUCCAAGUACAGACACUGAUCUUGUAUUUUUGUCAUGCCAAGGAGCAGGGAGCCAUAAUGCCCCACUCGGACGUUCGCAUCCAGCCCUGCAAGCGCCUUGAUUCUCUGAGUCUCUUGGCUCUAGAAAAGUUUCUUCUGCGUGGCUUUUUCCGGCUGGGGAAGAAAGACCAAAGCUUCGACACCGCCAUAAUUGGGGCUCAGUCACGCCAAGACGUCGUUUCUUUCCUGUGCGAAAGAAGCCGUGCCGGACCAUUUGAAGAACUGGAAUGCUACUUGAUCCAGAAGAUUCCUGUGUCACAGCGGCAGGGCCUGGUUGAAGACAUGAUAAACUUGAUGGCUGAGCCUGUAUUUGACACGGAGAAGAUUGAGGCCUGUGGAUCUGACGAAUUUUAUCAGCUUUAUUCUGAAAGUGAAUUGAAGUUCAAGGCCUUGGAUGUUACAGCAGAAAGCCAAGAAAUGAGUGAGAUUAUUUACUAUAGUUUGAAAUAUUUACUCUUGGAUUAUGUCACAAAGCUCGAUUGCACUGGAUUUUACACUUUCACUAGUAACUGGGUGGCCAGAAACCGCCGAAUGUUUCUUAGGUGGCAGGAGAUGAAAACUGGAAAAGAAAAUAUUACCUUUCUUUCAGAUACUAAUUUUUCAUUUGCAAGGACCCACUGGGAUGCCUUGCAAUUCAAUCAUUUGAGUUCUGUGGGCUCUGGCGUCCUCAAGGCGUCUCCGUAUUUUAGGCGACUCGUGAAGAUUAACGUGGACCAUGUUGCGACGGGUGAGCUGCUGUGGGCAAUUGGGUGUAACUGUCCCAACCUCGAAGAGAUUAGUUUAUUUCUCCAGGCAUUUGAUAGAAAUAAAUACACGCCUUUAUUUGAAGCGACGCUGAUAAGUGGGAUGCAUUCUUUUUACGCCCACGAGGUGUUGACAAAGACUUCAUUUCGCGGGCGGCCUGUGGGAUGCCCCAAAUUGCGUGUAAUUGGCAUGCCGCAGGUCGAUGAUAUUGAUUCUCUGAUAAAGUUAAGUGCAAAGUUACUUCGUUACCUUUUGUGCCUUGAGCGACUCAUAGGUGUUUGUAUCCCAGGAGUCAUAAUGACAUUACUGCAUGAGGAGCACCACCGGCCAGAAUCUCUAGCUUUAAAGAGCAUUGAGGAGUAUCCCUUUCGCGAGCGUCUGGAGAGUGUUUGUGAAUACUUUCGUCUGGAUAUGAAGCUGUUACUUCCAAACGUUAUCGACGUGAGGAUGGUGUACAGUAAGCACGAAGGUAGUUUGAAUGUCUUGUCCAACUUUCCGAAAUUAGAAUAUUUACAAGUAAGCAGUGAGGAAUGCAGGGAGUUGGAGUUUGGCCCUAACUUUGCACACCUCAAAGAACUGAAAAGUAACUGUCUGUGGGAUGAGAAGAGACUGGUAGGGUUUUCGCAGCGUGCAUCUUCCCUGGAGCUGUUUCACCUCAUCGAAGGCUCCCUCCUGAAGCGUAAGAAGACGAAGGAUACCAUAUCCUUCCCAAAGAUGAAGGAGGUCAAGGUGUCGCGGCUACAGCAGUGUGAUUCUGACGUAUUCGUGUCGCUGAUGAAAAGCUGCAAGAAUCUGACUCACGUGACAAUAGAGGCCUUUGCUAAGGAGAUGCACAUGCUCAAGAUGCUGAACGACCAAGUGGUUAGCGCCAUCGUUCCCUCACUGAAGAAACUGCGAGUGUUCGACGCGAAAAUCCUCUUCACGACUGAGUUAGACCCUCUUCAUGACAUUGAUAUCAUCGGCGCUCGUUAUUACAUGACAGAGAAGAGUGUCACCUGUUUGGCUCGUGGCUGCCCGAACUUAACUUCGGUGGGUAAUGUGUUUCACUGGAAAAUUCCAUACAAAAAGGUGAUGGAACUGAAGGCUGAAGCUAAGAAGGGGAACUGGGACGUUAAUAUUUAUCCUUUAGAUGAUUCGUGAAAUAGUGCCAGGUACAUUUUUCUUGUGAUCAUUAUGUUAUAUUUCAAGUACAAACUGUAGUUUUACAUAUGCUUCAUUGGUGACGAUAUUCAGGGUUAAGUCCAACUUCCGAGAAUUGUAUAUUAUAACUUUUAAAUGGCAGCUGGUAGUGUGUGUGCGUCUGCGUGUGUGCAUGCACAUGAGGUGUGCCUGGAAGCUUUGGGUAACAUGUGGAUUCAAAUUGAUGGACAAGGAAUGAUGUGUUUAUAAUAAUUCCUUGGAUGUCCCAGGAGGUGUGUGGAGCAGUGAGCUGACACCCUGAGGUAUACCUUAGCAGGUACCUCAGGUAUUUCUAAAUUUUGGUAAAUUAAUAGGUAAGUUUUUGAUAUUCAAGGGUUUUUCUUGAUUCUAGUACAAUACAGUACUUAAAUAAUUGUGUUUUCUGCAGUUAUUGCCCUGCAAGCCGAGAAAAAAAUCGUUAUAAUUGAUUAUUUAGACAGCUAGGCAGUCCCCAGCUUACGAUGUUCCAAAAUUUAUGACGCUCUACAAUUCUAUUAAUAAAGAAUAAUUUCCUGGGUUACAACACAUGUUCCGGGUUAAGACACCACGACGAUGCUGAUUCGACAGAAGAAAUGUGGAAGCAAAAUGGCAGAAUGGUCAAAAUAGGGAGUUUUUUUUUGUGAAAACUCAAUAAAAUGAAAGCUACAUUGUCGGUGAAAAAAUGAAAUUAAAGUUACGUUGUUUUCAAGACACCUCAGUUUGCAAAAUGAUAGUUUGUGUACCACGAAAUACUAAUUGAUAGAAUUUUUUAAAUUUUAAAUGACAAGAGUAAGACUUAGUUAAAGGUUUAGUGUGAACUAUUUGCAUAUUCAGUAGCAAAGGCUCGCUGAUUUUACCCAUGACGUGACUGCCAUUGGUGAGUCAGUCCUAAUUGAAAUAAGUACCAAAGAGCACUGUAGAGUUAAGGUUUAGGGAGCAGUAUUUCUUCAUUCUCCUUGCAUGAUGUCUCUGAAUAUGGAUUGUCUUAACGUAGAGCCUUUCCAAUUUUGUACGUCCAUUCUUUGUCAGAAUUUACAAGAAGUGUGAUAGUGAACUUGUAAUUUUUUCAAAACAAAAUUGUCCCACUACAAACUCAUGAAUCAUGCUCAAGAACUCAUUGCAAUCUAUAACAUCCUCAGGCAAGUACUUUUUGUGUCUUGUUGAUAGAACCUGAAUAAGGUUCCAAAGGGCAGCCCUCUUGGGUUUACGUCGUAUAAUAGUCUGUUGACUUUGUCCAUAAGGGUUUGAGCUGGAGAUGAAAGGAAAGAAGCUGACAUUCAGAUAUGUGAUUCUUAUGAAUUCCCUUUUCCUUUCAACUUAGUUUUCAUUUUUGCUUUUGCUGAUUGCCAUCCAUCGAGGCAUAUUUUGUUUUUGUUUUAUAUUCAUGUAAUUACAGCCAUUGCUACUAGAGUGGGUUUUAUGUAUCCUGCCUUUUUUUUACUGUUUCUUUAUGUUCAAUUCAGUGAAAAGGUUAUGUAUUGUCUUCUCAUGUAUGUAUAAAAUCUCUGGUAUGCUUUCUUGCACUCAUUUGCAAGACUUGCUUGUGUGGUAAAGUGUGACAGGCUUCCAGUGAUGUGCCUUAUCUUGCUGUGCAUGCUUGCUGCCCCUCUGUCACCUUCCUGUGAUGUCUGCUGCACCCGUACUGCUUCGUGACUGGACUGUCUGUUUUAUUCAGACAGGUCCUUUAGUUGUCUGUCUAUUUCAGAUGCAUGGACAUUGGCUGUUAGCUUCUUCUUCUGUCUGCAAAUCAUAAGGAGUUAUGUCCGGAGAUUUCAUGAACUGCGAUGAGGGUUUGUUAUAAAUGAUGUGUUUGUGUGAAAUAAUUUCUUUGGUGUAAAAAGUUUAUUUAUGUAACGUGGGAUAAAACCCUGACAGGAAAGCUUUUAGCUUACAGUGAAGUAGUAAAGGUACUAAUUGCUUUAAAAGGCAAACAUGAAUAAUUACAGUUACCUGAGAUGAAGUCAGUAAAAGUCAAACAUAAAAAGUUGUCCUUCUUCAAGCAGGUGUUGAAAAUCCUGAUUCAGAAAUAUAAAAAAAAAAUAACUUGGAAAAAUCAUCUUUACUUAACUAAUUGCUAAUGCUACCAUGAUUUCUUUGUAUAGCAGAAGCACUGAUGGUAAAAUUUUGAAUUGAGACAAACGACUUUAUGAAGUCAAAGCUGUUUAAACAAUGUGAUGAUCUGUCAUAUCCUUGAUAAUUCUGUUAUAGUAUACAGAGAGGAAAAGCCUUAUGUUCUGUGCACUUUUCACAUAUGGCCUUAUUAGUUUAGUCAAUAGAAGUAUAUUUGCUUGUUAUGAUCAAGUUCCUAAUCUACAGCUGUGAAAUCAAUGGCUGUCUUAAUUUAAAUUGGAAGUAUAUUUGAACUAUUUUUGCUGUAUGUAAUAGCUUUCUUAUUUGUGUAUUAACUUUUGUAUCUCAUUUUUAGAAAGUGUAUUUUUUUACGUAUACUUUGCCUGUACUUAUAUUUCUCUGAGAUAUCAAGAGUUAGAUGAGUCUUGGCGUUUUUGCUCUCUGUAAUUUAGGCUAAGCACUUCAACAUUUUAAAACCAUAUAUUAUUAAAAAGGAAAAUUAUCACUAUUUAGAAGACUGAGUGCUGUAGAUAAUUCAGUUUCAAUGUAACCUAAGCAGUGACAUUCUGAAAACUGAUGAUAUAUUUUGUUUGAUGGCUUUUAGAACAAAUGCUAUUUCUUGCAGACUUAUAUCAAUACAUGUGUAAGUGCUUUGUGCAAUAUCUUGUUUUGCAAAUCAAAAUUGAGCACUCUAUUACCAUUUGUAGUGUGUGUGUGUGUGUGUGUACACUAUGCUGUUUUUCCAUAAAUAUUGUUCUAUAUAAAUCAGAUGUAAAUGCUGAUUAUCAAUAUAUGACAGGGUAUAUAUUAUGUGUUUCUCUUUCAUGAUGUUUGUUGCUUUAUAAUUCAUAUAUAUAUAUGGUCAGUGGCAUUUUCCUGGAUGAUUUAUCACAUAUAUUUUUCAUAAUAUAUAUUGUUUCUGAGUGAUGUAGCACAAUUUUGGUGUAAAGCAAGAACAGUGGUAUAAUAAAAUCAUACCUGUAACUGGUGCAUUCACUU